AUGUUCGGAAUUCUGAACUUGCGACUUCAUCACGUUGCCUUGGCUGAAGUGUCCAUGAUCUCUAUCUGCCUUGUCGGUAUACUGCACUACGGGCAUGGGAUCCAUGGUUGCGACUUGUUGUAUUGGCGACAGAUGCUGGCACGCUUGAAAGAUAAACCAAUGGCAAUUAUGCUGCUCAUUGGCGUCCUUAAACUGCUGAUGAUUCUGAUACGGACGCUAUUAAGUUACACGGAAGUCCCACAGGAGAUUGGGCCACCAAUUUCAAUUGUGAAGCGUCGCUAUCGCCGUUUUAUUGUAAUGCGUCUCUUGGCCGCCCAUAAAAAGUUCCUGCGCGAUAAGCGACAGAUCCAGCAGCGACAUUCGGAUCUCCUGCAGGCCAUUCACCUGUUUCGCAAAGAUGGUCGCAGACUCUAUGAGUGCACAGCGGAUCAGCUUAGCCAAUCCAUCCAACAGCUUCUGCCUGCUGAGGAGCAACAGGAGCUUGAUCUGCUGCAACUAGGCUAUGACAGAUAUAAAUGCGUCAGUCAGCUCCGAGAGAUGGACAUCUAUAAGCUUGUAUUGGCCUUGGCCUUGCCAAAAUUAUGAGAGAAAAGCCAAUAAAGUGCGGCACGCACAGGAUUAAAAACACGAGUAGGCUGGGUAGGGCUGAUAAAAGAAGCAACAAGAAGAGAAGUGUGAGUUAACCACAACAGCCCGGCAACAGCAAUGUGUGGCAACUUUUUAAUUAGGUUUUAGAAAGCAGUAUUUGACGCCCUGAUGUCUC